AUGGAGUCAUCACUGCACCAGGUCUGGGAGAGUGCCGCCGGCAACCCAUUUGUCCCAUCUGUCGGCAAGGAUAGUCAGUUCUUCGUUGGCUUCACUCUGUUAUCCCUCGGCCUUCUUCUGACUGGAUACUUUGGCCUGAAUAGAUCCGUGCUCAACAUACCCCUCGUUGGAAUCCCAGCUUCAUUAUCAAUUGCAUUUGGUGCAGUUUACAUGAUUUGCGCAGUUGGCGUCUAUGUAUAA